AAACCUUUCCACUGCGGCAACUGCGGCAAGAGUUUCUCCCAGAGCUCCCACUUGGAGCGGCACCGGAAAAUCCACCGGGAGCCGCGCCAGGAAUGCGGCAAAAACGGGAAAAAAGAGGGGAAAAAAGAGGGGAAAAAAGGCGGGAAAAGCUUCCAAAAAUGCUGCCCGAUUUUGGAGGAUUGCGGUUUGGCGUGGGAGGAGGAGAAGUGCGGGGAGUGCGGCAAAAAUUUGGAUUUGGGGUCGAGUUUGGGGUCGAAUUUGAAGGAUCAAGGGACUCAGACCGGGGAGAAGCCGUUCGCGUGCCCGGAGUGCGGGAAAAGCUUCGGCCAGAAUUCGGCGCUGGCCAAACACCGGCGCAUGCACACGGGCGAGAAACCCUACAAGUGCCCCGAGUGCGGGAAGAGCUUCGGCGUCCGCUCCAACCUCAUCAAGCACCAACGGACGCACCUGGGAGAGAAACCCUACAAGUGCCCCGAGUGCGGCAAGGGCUUCAUCCAAAAAUCCGACCUCACCAAACACCGCCGGAUGCACACCGGCGAGAAACCCUACGAGUGCCGCGAGUGCGGCAAGCGCUUCAGCGUCUCCUCCAACCUCAUCAAGCACCAACGCAUCCACCUGGGCGAGAAACCCUUCCAGU